AUGAGACAAGCAGCAUGUAUUGGACGUAAACAAUUGGGGUCUUUUGGAACUUGUUUGGGCAAAUUCACAAAAGGAGGUUCUUUCUUUCUUCAUAUAACGGCAUUGGAUUAUUUGGCGCCCUAUGCUUUGGCAAAAAUUUGGUUAAAACCACAAGCUGAACAACAAUUUUUGUAUGGAAAUAAUAUUGUUAAAUCUGGUGUUGGAAGAAUGAGCGAGGGAAUUGAAGAGAAACAGGGAAUUAUUGUCUACAAUAUGUCAGAUUUGCCGUUAGGUUUUGGUGUGGCUGCAAAGGGAACAGUAUCUUGUAAGAAAGCAGAUCCUACAGCUUUAGUUGUUUUACACCAAUCAGAUUUGGGUGAAUAUAUUCGAAAUGAAGAGGGGUUGAUUUAAUUAAAAGAAGUAUUUUAUUGUUAUAUUUAUUUUUGUUGUGAUGUCUCUUGGAAGUGGAUAUUGGAGGUGAGUAUUUUAAAGACUUAAAGGAAUUUUAACAGACUUGGGGUUCUUUUUCCCGUUUUGAGGUGAUCAUGAACCAACAAAUCUGCUUAAUUAAACGAUGAAGUAGAUUUUUUGGGACCAGUCCUAGGUGGAUUUUAAAGACCUUAAAGAAAAAAGAAGUUGAAAAAUGGAGAGAGGAUUGUGUUAGCUUUAAAUCUGUAAACUACUCAAAACUCGCCAUCUUCAUUAUUGCAAACAU